AUGACCAAGUUUCUGCUCCAUAUAGCAGAACCGGCCGAACUGCCGCAGCAUACACUCGACUCUUCACAGACAGCCGAAUGUCCUGACGGUGCCUGUCUGAAGUUGGCAAAUGCCAACCGAGCCUUCUAUCGUGCCGCAAUCGCUGAUAGGUUGCGCUCCUUAUUUUGGAUGACUUAUCGAUCCGGAUUCCCACCAAUCGUCACUCGCAAUGGUCCAACCUCCGAUGCUGGUUGGGGUUGCAUGCAUCGAUGCAGUCAAAUGAUGCUAGCGGAAGCGAUAAUCCGUGUCCAUUUGGGCUACUCCAUGGUUGGAAUGGCGUUUGACAAACCCAUCGGAAGCUGGUUCGGUCCAAACACUGCUGUGCAGGUGAUCAAACACAAUCCACAAAUCAGCGGACCAGUAACACGUGACCUAGACGAAGACUUUUUGGAAAUUGUGGUCCCACCCACCUUUGAGUACAGUGCAUCCUCGGACGCGGACUCAUCCACGGUCGAUCGGGCCAGCGCACCGGACUCGGAUGCGUCCGGUCCCCUAGAGACGCGUACAACCGAGGCCGAAAAUCGGACCAGUCCACCUCUGUCACCCAAGCCCGCGCAGCACCAACAAACAGUGAAUAGUUGGCGUCCUCUGUUACUGUUCAUUCCCCUCAGACUUGGCCUGUGUCAGCCAAAUCCAUGCUAUUUCAACGCGAUUAAGGCUGUGCUGCAUAUCAAACAGUGCAUCGGUAUUCUGGGCGGCCGACCGAGUCAUGCAGUUUGGCUUGUGGGUGUAAUCGAAGACGGAGAGGACAGCCUACUUUGUUUGGAUCCACACACCACCCAGCCAGCCGGCCCGGAACAGCUCACGCCAGCCGACGAUCUGACUCAUCACUGCGAUCAGCCGGUUCGAAUGCCAAUGCAACGUCUCGAUCCCAGUCUGGUUCUGGGUUUUGUCUGCCCCACUGAGGCUGAUUUUGAUGAGUUAUAUGCCAGUCUGGAGCGGGAUGUGCUGUCCGGUUCGGAACAACGCUACGCUCUGUUCGAGUUGCAUCGGACACGUCCGUCCAAUCUACCACCAAUCCCGCUGCGUUGCUCCGGCGCGAUCACGUCUACCAGUCCUACUUGGGUAAAGUGUCUGGAAGAGGACGAAGAUCAUCCGGUACUUGUGUUGAUGCAUGAACAACGUGACUCCGGGGACGGCGCGACUGCGUGCAGUUCGUCAGAGAAACCGGAUGAGAGUGAGGAUCGGCUUAGCGUGGCAAUGAAUGCGAUGCGUGAUGUUUGGUCCAAAUGCAACCGUGCGGCUGGGGAAGCAGUUCGGUCAAUUGCGAAUUUCACCGGUCACUCCGGAGCAGGAAUUCUGAUGACAUUGAUCCCCUACUCAGUCAUGACCUUCGCCCUCACGAAUAUCAAUGUAUCUGUGAUCACAUGA